AUGUACCAUAUCUUCCUUCUUGUUCUUUCGCUCCUCUCUACUUCGGCCGUCGCUUAUACCAUUGCUUGUGCUUAUACUACCAAAGAAAUCAGUUUCAAGGAAGUUACAAGUAUAGUUCCCACUGUUUGGAAGAGACUUUUGAUCACUUUCUUAUGGGCCCUUCUGAUCAUGAUUCUAUACAACUUCUUUGCAAUUCUCUAUGCAAUUCUAGUAGUAGUUUUGAUAGAUGAAGCUCUUGGACAUUCAAAUGGUGACGGUUUGCAUAUUCUUUUCCACAUUAUUAUUGUCAUUUACACGUCCGGGCUUGCUUACAUCGGCGUAAUAUGGCACUUGGCUAGUGUAGUAUCAGUAAUGGAAGAGAGUUAUGGCUAUAAAGCAAUUUUAAAGAGCAAAGCGUUGAUUAAGGGUAAGACGUCGAUUGCUUUGGUUGUCUUUAUUGAGCUACAAAUCUGUUUUAUGGUUGUAUUAUCCACCAUUGAAAUUCUUGUUGCUCAUGGGAAAAUAGGUGUGAUGGGCAGAGUUAGUUUGGGAUUUUUUUGUUUCUUGUUUCUGUCUAUUUCUAUUCACUUUGCUCUUGUGAUCCAAACGGUUGUGUACUUUGUCUGCAAAUCAUACCAUCACGAGAACAUCGGUAAAUCCUGGUUAGCUGAACAUUUGGAAGCGUAUAAUAAUGUUCCUUUGAGUGAGGACAGGGAUAUUCAAUUAGAAGAAUAUGAGGUUAUGAUUGAAUCACCUCCCUAA